CCCCCACCCCCCUAUCCCUGAUCCGUUUCAGGCCCCCCAGAGGCCCCUAACUCCUGUUGACAGCGGAGGAUGCUGGGAAAUCCCUGUGGUGUUUAAAAAAAAAAAAGAAGAAAAGGACGGCGAUGAAGGAUCGCGGAGGCUCGGUUCCUCUGUGAACCAGUCUCUCGCGCCCCACCACGCCCCCCUCCAACCGCCCCCGCCCCCCCAGCCAGCACGGGUAACCCCACGGAUUUGAGAGUGGAGCUACAGUGCUGGGGUGGGGCCCCCCUAUUGGAAUUCCAUGAUGACAUGUAGUGCAAGGACAUUGAUGGAACAGUGAUAUCCCCAAGGUGUCCUAAACACUACCAGAACUAUGAAUGGAGGAAAAGACUGCGAGAGGGAAGGGGAGGGGCUUCUGCCCCUCGCGCAGGUGCCCAUUGGAUGGCAGCGCAGGGUGGAUUGCAGUGGAGUCGUCUACAUAAGUCCUAGUGGCUCGGUCCUCUCCUGUCUGGACCAGGUAAAGAGCUACCUGCUUACCGACGGGACCUGCAAGUGCGGCCUGGAGUGUCCCCUAAUCCUCCCGAAGGUGUUCAAUUUUGAUCCCGGGGCCGCCGUCAAGCGGAGGACGGCGGAGGACGUAAAGGCCGACGAAGACGUCACCAAGCUCUGCAUGCAUAAGAGGAAGAUCAUCGCCGUGGCAACCCUGAACAGGAGCAUGGAGUCGCCGCACCCUUCCCUAGUUCUGACCAGUCCGGGCGGCGGCACGAGGGCCCCGCGAGCAAUAAGGAACAAGCUGCACGAGGGCCCGCCCAACGCUGCGGCCGCCGACUGCAGGAACCCUUUCCGGAUGAUCCUGGCCGGGCAGCGGCACUACCAGCCAGAGCAGGAGAUGUUCGCGGGCCACGCCCGGGCGCGGCUGGGGAGCGCGGAGCCGUCCCCCAGGUCCCCGUACCGCCAGAACGCCAUGAUGAGCCCCGCCUCUUACGGCGACAGCUCGCCGUCCCCCAGGACGGACCCGCUGGGCAGCCCCGACGCGUUCGGCCGGAGCUUUUCCGGAAGCUUCCACCCCGCCGGCAGCCCCGGCCCCCUCAACGGCAACGGCCGGCCGGCGCUCUCCUCGCCCCCCGGCCUCUCCCACCAGGGCUCGCCCGCCGCCCAGUCCUGCGUGCUGGCGGGGAGGACUAACGUGCCCCUCUCCCCCACGGUGUCCGCCAAGAGCCCCGUCAUGAAGAAGCCGGCCUGCAGCGGCUUCCCCCCGAGCAUGGAGCCCCCGCGGGGGGUGUUCCACCACCACCACCACCAGGCCCCGCCCCCGUCCUGCGCCCUCCAGAAGCAGGUGACCUCGGAGAAGGACCCGCUGGGCAUCCUGGAUCCCAUCCCCAGCAAGCCGGCCUGCCAGAGCCCGGCGGCGGCCCUGAACCCCGGCUUCCAGCCCGGCGUCCACGCUCAGGUACCGGCCAUGAAUGUAAGCAUGCCCCCCACCAUCGUACCGCUGCGCAGCAACCUCCCCCUGCCCACGGUCAAGCCCGGGCCCGCCAACCCCGCGGGGGGCCACGCGCAGAGGGGCCCGCACGCGGCCUCCGCCUCGCCCUCGCCCGUCACCUCCCCCGCUCACGCCGCCGGGCCGGCCCUGGGCAGGGUGGAGGCGUCGCCCCAGAGGUCCCGCUCCUCCUCCUCCUCGUCCGACCACGGAACCUUCGCCAUGCUCCCCGGGCCCCAGGCCUCCUGCGGGGGGGCCAAGGUCCCGCCGAGGUCCCCCCGGCCCUCCGUGGCCCCCAGCCCCUCCUCCGCCAAGCCCGACGGCCUCCACCCGUACAAAGACGCGUCGGGGCAGCUGCUGACGGGCAUGAACAGCGGCCAGUCCGGCGCCAUGUUCCCGCUCCCGAAGAACCACGCUGGCCUGCUGGGGAUGCCCCUCAACCACAUCCUCAAUCAGCAUAACUCCUCCUCCUUUCCCGCCAGCAGCCUGCUGUCCGCCGCCGCCAAAGCCCAGCUGGCCAAUCAGAGCAAAGGCGGUAACGGCGGGGGCGGGGCGGGCGCCUGCGGCAACGGCGCGAACCCCUCUCCCGGCGGCGCGCACCCGGAAGGGCGCGGGGUCCCGAACUCGACGUUCCCGCACAAUCCCAGCAUGCCUCUGGGCGUGAGCGAGGGGCAGUCCGGGCGGGCGGCGCUGCGGGACAAGCUGAUGGCGCACCAGAGGGACCCGCUGCGGAAACGCAAGCUGCCCAACAGCGUCGCCCACGACGACGGCUACGCCGCGCUCAAGUCCCACAUGGGCGGGGCCAGGCCGCAGGGGCCGGCGGAGCAGCUGAGGAAGGCGCGGCCGGGGGGGCUCCCGCCAAACGCCUCCAUGGCGCAGUUGCUCCAGUCCAUGAGCUACCAGAGUUCCCAGCUGGCGGGAAACAGCGCCCCCAUGUGUCAGGGAGGCCAGUCUGUGGGGACUUCUACCCAGCUGCACUUUCGGGACGGGGUCACGCCCGCCGCCCCCCCGCACCAUGCCCUCCAGGCCCCGCCGCGGCUGCCCGGGCGGGGGGAGGGUCUGCACUGCCGGGGCGCGGAUGGCGGGCUGCCGCACGGUGGGGGCCACGAGCAGUUCGGGGGUCUGAUGGACCAGGGGCAGCUGGGACAGGGGGGCCAGGCGCCGCGCCGAAACUGCUCCCUGGGUCACCGCGACCCCCACCCGCAGCAGCUGGCCCACCGCCAUCACCAGCCGCUGCAGGCCCAGCCGCACUCCCUGGGGCAAGUUACCAUGGCGCCCAACGCCAACGGAGGCAGCUGUAACCAAGCCAUGUCCGAAACGGGUGACAGCCUGAACAGCGGCUUGCGCGACCAUCAGUUCGCCAACCUCCAGGCCCUCACGGCCAACAACGGGGCGUUCCCACAGCGACUGGCCCGGUCCGUGCAGGCGCACCAGGGGGUCCCAGGGUUCCGGGCCCCGCACCCCCUCCCCAACAACUCCUCGUCCAACCCCAUGGCCUGCCUCUUCCAGAACUUCCAGGUGGGCUUGUCCAAGAAUGUCCCCAAUACACAGACAUGUGCCCAGUCUGGGAUGAUGUCACUUCCUGAGAUCCCGGGAAAGAAGAUUCGGAACCACCCCCACGAGCUGCGGCCCCCGAACAUGGGCCCCGGAGGUUCGGGGGGCAUGGAGGGCCUCCCAGGGGGCGGAGGGGAAUCAGUGGACACCAUCUACAGGGCAGUGGUGGAGGCGGCCAGCCAGGGCGUGCCGGUGGUCAUCACCACCUCAGUCAGCAGCACUGCCCACGCCAGGCCCAUCCCCGCUCCGACCACUACGAGUGCCUUCGCCGGCUCCUUGGAGGGUCCCAACAGCCUUCCCCACCCCUGCCAGGAGCCCCUCCUCCCGGAGGCGGAGGCUCGCCUGCAGCUCCGCCCCGGACAACCCCGGGCGGAGCAGCGCAAGAGCGCCCCCAAUGGCGGGGAGGCUCAGGACUACUUCCGGUCCCCCAGCAGCCAGCGGAGGCAGUGGGGGAGAGAGGCAGCGUGCCACGCCCUCUCGUGGCAGGGGGAGGAGUUCCUGGAAUGCUCCGCCCAAGUCCGGGGCAGCCCCCGCGCGGAAGGUUUCGGCAGCCCGACCCCCGUGCGCCAUCACGCUCCCCUGCCGCCCGGAGACAAGGCCUUUCUGGAGGACGGGUUCCGCUUCGACGCCUGCCAGAGGGUGGCGGGCGGCGGCGUCGGCAUGAAAGAGCGGGUGGCAGAGCGGUGCGCCCACGUCAACGGCGGGCCCCUCCUCCCGGGCAGUUGCUACGGCGACGCGCUGGGCCCCCCCGGCCACGACCCCGCGUCCGAGGACCAGUCCCCCGGCUCCUCCACCAGCCUGGAGGGCUCCUUGCACAAGGACUACGCCCACUACAACGGCCACUACAACGGCUGCGGGGCCAGCCCCUCGGACAGGGAGGAGGACCCGCGCCGGGCCGACUCGCCGCUCUCCGCCGACCUCCUGCACUUCCGCCCCCGGGCCUUCCACAUGGGCCAGCUGGUCUGGGGCCAGAUCAAGGGCUUCCCCCCGUGGCAGGGCAGGCUGCUGGGGGAGGAGCAGGUUCGCCACCCCGGCCUGCAGAAUAGCGAGCAGGGCAAGGUCGACCCAGGGAAGCUGAAAACACUAACCGAAGACCUGGAGGCGUUCAACAGAGCCACCAAGCGGAACAGGAGCAGAGGCGGGAAGCUAAAUAAUCACUUAGAAGCUGCUAUACACGUGACCAUGAGCGAGCUGGAUAGAAUGUCAGGAAGUGUUCACCAAAUGCCACCAAGAGACAGACAGUUGAAACCCCCCAAGAGGAGAAAGAUUUCCAGAUAACACUGAAUGUAUUGGCCCUCAAUCCAGUACACGGCUGUGGAACUGUGUGUACGCUGAGCUUUGUCGCAACCUCUGCCCAUCACAUGGUGCUACAAUCAAAGAGUGGUACAGUAUUUUUAAAUCCUGUCCGGCCCCACCCCUCUUCUGAAAGAGACAGAGGCUGGACGUGGUGGAUUACCUACUCAGAGAACUGUUCAAGACACUGCUUACGGUUAGUCAACAGCUCGUGGAAGAACUUUUUUCUAGAAUAUGUUAAAACAAGGAAAAGGAAAAAAAAAAAACAAUUGUGCGUACGACAAAAUAGACAGUCCAAAUAUUUCUGUUUUCAGUAUGUAUAUAGAAAAUGAAGAAAUUUCAUGGUGAUAUUUAGAGGAGACUGUAAAUAGUGUACAAUAUUGUGAUGUACAAGCGUACCCAAUGCACACUUUAUCUUUUAUUGUACAAAACAAAGCAGAAUACGUGUACAAAUUUCUUUUUGUUUCUAUUCAGUACACAGUCGAUAUGACUACCUGUGUAAAUGGGAUGAAUAAAAAGAGAUGCUGCCUGAAGCUUUUAUAUAAACGACGUGGAAAACGCGCUGUUUUUUAACGGAACAGCUGGAGAACAGGCAUGAUUAUGUAAUCCCUUAAUUAUGACACUUCACACCCCUUUUCGCAUUUGUUUUAUGUGUCCGAAAGAAAUUUAAUUUUACCGGCUGGAAUCGCUUUUCCGGGCUCGCCUCAAAAUUGGUCACCAGGACGCUGGAAAAACAUCCCGGCCGCAUCCUAUUGUGACGUCCGAGACGUAGCGAGGGACGUACGCCACGUUAGAUGUGCACCGUUUGUCCAUUGUUCCUGUGAAGGUCUUGUGAAACGUUUUCUUUGACAGCAUAAAUAGAUUUUCUUUUUUCAGGUGACGUGCAAGAAAACUCAUCGUCGUGUGCGUGUUAUCGAAGAAAAAAAAAAAAGCCAUGCCAAGGAAGGACGCUAAAAAUUAUGCUAUUGACCAGUAAUUUGUACUUCAAAAAGUAAAUUGCUUAUUUUUUGUGAAUAUUUUUGAUACAAGUAUCACAUAGGACAUUUACAAAAGGACUUCUGAGUGUUAAAUGCGUAUGUUUUGACAGAAUGGUAAGUAGUUCCAAUUUUUAAAGGUAAAGAUUUAAACUUGUAGUCCCGUUUAUACAGUAUGGCUUGCUAAUAUCCUAGAAUCCUGAACAGUUAAUCCAGUGUUAUAUGGUCUGGACCCUAGACUGUGCUAGGCACAUUUUAGUACAUAUCAGUGUAUGUUUUACUGAUAUUUCUUGGUGUUCCCCUUCCCCUUACAGCAGUAGAAAGGGGCAAGAGGAAUUUUAACUGUAUGUUUGGAACAAAAAUAAUAACUGUAAAGUAAGUUUCAAAAAAAAUGUACACGGUCCAAUAACCAGUUAUUUUUACAUCGGCAUUCAAUGUACAGGUUCGAUUAUCUUUACCUUUUAAAAACCUAAUUAAAAACCCAAAUAAGCAUGAGCGUGUAAAUGACCUCAGCCUUAUGGAACACAAGAACCCCCAGUGACCAAAGCUUCACUUAUGCUUUGGAUUUAUUUAUUUUAUUUUUAACUCCAGUUAGGGGCCUUAAUUGCCUUUUUGUUUGUUUUUGUUUUUUUUUGGUUGGUUUUUUUUUUUUUGGUCUUUGUCGUUACUGUUAAUGGUGUUGUUGUUAUUGUGGUAAAUUAUUAAUGUAUUCCAUAUUUAUUUGUAGUUAUAGAAUUAUAGUAGGUGGCAAUAAUACUUAAUAAGAGUUAAAAACUCUGGAAAAAGCCUUAGAGUAUAUAUAUAUUUUUUUGUUACAAGAGCCUGUUUUACGAAUAGUGGUAAAUAAUUAUGUCUUUUUUUUUUUCUUUCUUUAUUUAAGUCUGUGGGCAUAUCAUUACAUGCAUUAUUCUAUUUUUAUGACAUCACUACUUUGUUAGAGUGUGCUGAGUUGUCAUGGCGAGAUUACCAUUAGCUUCCAUGAAGAAACUGGUGAAUAUCAAGGAGAGCUGAUCUUUCAGGCCUUUGGGGGAAGGCCAUAUUAUAUAUGAGGAUACAGACCUGUCUUUGAGGUUUUUAUAUACUACAUUUAACAGAACUAUGAAAAUAUGGUAAACUUGAUAUUGGGACUGUCCAGCAUGGAAGCACUUCUGGAGAAUGUCAUUAAAAACAUGUCAAGGUGCGAUUGGUUUAUAUUAUGUUGAAACACAGAAAAACUGAGUUUUGAGAAUGUUGAGUCUGAGUGCUCAGUCAGGAAUGUACCCCAAUGAUUGGCUGGGCCCUUUAUAUUACUGAAGGAACGCUAAUUUUUUCCCACAGGCUCCAAAGGGAGCUUCUGGGAAAUAUUACAUGGGGCCCCUGAAGCAGCCGAAGCAAGGCGGUCAGGGGACCACGUCUCCAGGGCUGUCCCUCAGAUGAGUGAUAUCAAAAGGGCCAAUCCAGAUCCAGCAUUCAGAAAUGAGGGAGGAGCUUCUGUUAAGGUGUUUGAGAGAGCCAAAGUGGUAAACUGUUUGGGACAUUUCGGUCCAUUGCGGGGCAGUAGCAACAUGGGUCACUAGUAAUUGUCAUCUGGCCUCUUUCCUCCAAAAACAAUAACCAAACAUAAAAGACCUCCCCUUUAAAAAGAAUGAGCAAGUCAGAUGAAUUGAGCAGGAACUGUGUUGAAGGUCAGUGGUAACUUGACAUAAUCAUGUCUCUCGCCCAUAACACUACACCAGUACAUUACCCUGUUUUCUCUCUUAUAUUAAUAUUUCACCUACCUGAACUAGCUUUUGUGAGACUGUUACAGAGUUCCCUAAACUAAAUUCUUGGCAGUCAAGUGCAAUAUAAUGUUCUGCAACAAAAAAAAAGCCAAUCUGUGUCAUAGGUGUCAGCCAAAAUAACCCAGCUUCCUCCAAUCAGCAGAAAAUUGACACCUGUAAAAUGAGUCUGUGCAUUGUACGUGGUAUCCCAUGAUGCAUCUGGAGAUCUCGCCAAAUGUCUCUUGACCGUACCCAAGAAGAUACUACAGCACCGGUAAAGUUCAUUCUUCGCUUUGUGCAAUGACAUGGGGACCCAGUGUAGGCCCAUGUACGAACCCACAUCCAAGAUCUGUCGUUAAUUUAUGUCAUACAUACAUCAUUCUGUUCAAAUGGAUGGUGUUGUCUAUUGCUUUGUUGACUUGUUUUUGGAGAUUUGUAUGUGCGGUCUCACUAAUCUUUUUAUUGAUGGUGUGCUUGCGUGUGUGUUUGUAUUUGCGUGCGUGUGUGCAUGCAUGUUUCUAUUAAUAUUUUUGUCCUCACCCUGUAAUCUUAUUUGGUAUGACCAAUGUUUUUUUUGGUUUUUUUUUCUCAGAUUUUUUUUUUGUUUGGUUUUUUGUAAGUGUUACUAACUUUAUAUUCUUUCAACAAUGUAUACUUUACAAACAGGAGGAUUUGUAAAGUAUUCUUCUGCACUUGAUUUCUCUGGUUGUGAAUAGUUGCGAAUAGCAUUGCCGUGGGUGCUAGGAGUAGCGUUCCAUCAUUUUUUGAUUUUAUUUUAUUUUUUUGAGAUUUUUAUGAUUUCUUGUAAACUGCAUCUUAAUGUAAAUAUUGUGAGUUACAGGUCAUGCAGUGUUGUAACAUUUCAACAAUGUUGCACCGACAUUACAAUUAAAAAACUGGUCUCAUACUUGAAUUUUUUGUUGGGGUAUUUUGGUUUAAGUUUCCCAUCAUACAUACAUACUGCAUAUCAAACCUACUUUUGAAAUGUUUUUCCUCUGUUUCUAUGGCCAAAAUCAUUUUAGAAAUAUGUACUUAAAAUACAGAUUAUCAAAGGUGUGGUUACUCAUUCUUUAAUUGUUCUGUGGUGUUUUAACAUUUCCAAAGGGGUUUACAGAACAAGCUCUACGUUGCAUUCAGUUGCAAUAAAAUCAUAAUGUAUUGAAUAUUC